GUGGCUUAAAAAAUACCGUCUGUUCCGGACGUCUACAGUUAAUAGUACUUAGGUAGUGUUUUAGUUGUCCGGACUCCGGAUCGCGUACACAGCCAGUCCACAUAUAUCCGUCACAAUGUCACCAACUCUAAUAAUGGACUUCAAUCGUACCGUAUCAAGACCUCUGGCACAACUGGGCUUGAUGGAAAACGAAGUAGGUGAAACUCACUUGUUGGGUUGGAACCUUCAAGCCGAAGAUCUCAUCCACAUCCCAGAACAUUGGUUAAAAUACCAAGAACCCAGUUCGUUGCAACAUUACUAUUUAGCAUUUAUGUACACAAUUUUUAUGUUUGUCGCAUUAUUUGGAAAUGGUUUGGUCAUAUGGAUAUUCUGUGUAGCAAAACCAUUACGAACGCCAUCCAAUAUAUUUGUAAUUAAUUUGGCAUUGUGCGAUUUUGUGAUGAUGGCAAAAUCACCAAUUUUCAUAUACGGCUCUAUAAAUCGUGGUUAUCAGGGCCAUUUCCUUUGCCAGCUAUUUGGCACGGCCGGAGCUUUUAGCGGCAUUGGGGCGAGUGCUACGAAUGCCGCAAUUGCAUACGACAGAUUCAGUACGAUAGCAAAACCAUUUGAUGGACGUAUGACUUAUGGUAGAGCAUUUUUUUUAAUCAUAUGUAUUUGGACUUAUACUUUGCCAUGGGGCCUUUUACCUUUAACUGAAAAGUGGAAUCGUUAUGUACCAGAGGGGUAUUUGACAAGUUGUACCUUUGACUAUUUAAGUCCAACAGACGAAACUAGAGCUUUCGUUGGAAUUAUGUUUGUUAUUUGUUAUGUAAUACCGGUCUCAUUAGUCAUAUUUUUCUACUCGCAAAUCGUUAGCCAUGUCUUCAAUCAUGAAAAAGCACUGCGUGAACAGGCUAAAAAAAUGAACGUAGAAUCGUUGCGAAGUAAUCAAGAUGCAAACGCUCAAUCGGCAGAAGUAAGGAUUGCAAAAGCAGCUAUCACGAUUUGUUGCCUAUUUAUAGCUUCUUGGACACCAUACGCCGUUGUCGCCAUGAUUGGUGCUUUUGGAGAUCGAUCAUUGCUGACACCCGGUAUCACGAUGAUACCAGCGAUAUUUUGCAAGACUGUGGCUUGUUUCGAUCCUUAUGUGUAUGCAAUAAGUCAUCCAAGAUACAGAUUGGAAUUAUCAAAACGCGUUCCUUGUCUUGGAAUCAGUGAAAAGCCACCACUAACAGCAUCCGAGACCCAAUCUACAACUACAGCUGCUUAAUACAUACCAAAUAUUAUAAUAGGUUUAUAAUUACGAAUUUAUGAUAAAUCAAUAAUAGAUAAAUAACUGAACGUGUGUUUUGUAAAAUAUAACCAUUAUCCAUACAGUUUAUUUAACUGUCUACUCCAAAGAAUAUACAUUUUCUAUUUAUUUAAAAUUGAUAUGUAACGUUUAAUUGACCUACUUUAGAUUGAUUGCAAAAUAAAAACGUAAGAAAUAAUUUUAAGUGUACCUGUUCCAUACCAAAUGUGUAAACUCUAAAUAAAAUAAAUUUAUAGUUGUCAAGUGAAUAAUGAAACAGGUUAGGUACUACCAUUGAUAGAAUUCUGAAUUGUACAAUUAUGUGUGUUAAGGCGAUAAAACUUGAUUUUGAAAUUUAGGAAAUAACAAAGUAUAUAAUAUUUAUAUAUAAAUUUCACAUUUAACCAAACAGAAUUAAUUUGAUGAACAUUAUUCAAACAUAUUAUCUAUUAUUAUAGUAUUAUACAGGUUAUACUUAUUUUAUAAUUUAUUAUGAUAUAAAACUAUUGUUUUAUUUAUAGGUACCUAUUCGGCUAUUCCAAUUAAUUAUCAGUUAAUAGAUUUCUUAUCUCAUUAUUCUCCGUUUUUUUCUAUUCACUGAAUUACUAAAAGUAAUUUUAAUUUAGAAAUAAAACACGCUAAACAAAAAUUGUUUCGGAAUAAUAAUUUAAAAAACACCUAGUUAAGGUAUCUAGUUAAGAUAUUUAUGUUAUGUUGAUGAAAAAUUAAAUUUAAAAAAAAUAGAGAAUUCGUUUUUCUGUACUUAUAUAGUAAGUAGGUGUCAAGUACUCAAGUGUACCCUAUGAUAAUGUAUUAAAUUUGAAUUUUGAAUUCAACGGUACCUAUAUCAUUAUUCAUUUGUCAUUACUCAUUACUCAUUACAUACGAAAAACUAUUCUGAGUGACUGGGCGAGACUAUGUCUAUCAGUCUAUAUAUUUCUAACUCUAUCGACUUUAACGAUACCUAGUAUAUUUUAUUAUAUAUUUAAAUUGUUUCUAGUAGUUUAUUUUUGACAUUAAUAUCUUAUGUUAUAUCUUAAUCUUAUGUCUAGGACCUGUAAUAAGACAUAUUAAUGAUCUUAUGUUUUCCCAAAGGGAGACAUUUAAAAAAAAAAAUAAUAUUUUGGUAUAAAUACAAAACAUGGAGUACCUAAUUAAUCUGUCUUUUUUUAAAAAAACACUUCUUAGUCUCACUAAUUAUUUCUCCAUCCAAUAACGAUUGGUUGGUUUUGUGUGUAUGGUAUGGUUUUAUUUUCUAUUAUUGUAUACGUUUUCGAAUAUUAAAAUAUAUAAAUGAUACUAUCUGUAUUUGUAAUAUAGUUGGGUGAAAUUUGCAAAAACAAAUCGCAUAUAUUAUAAAUAUUAUUAUAAACUAUAAUAUUAUUUAAUCAAAUAUUACAAGGUAGCUGUUAUUAAUUUAUAACUGAAGUUAUUGUGAAUUUACAAAAUUAUUUUUUUAAAUUACAUUAAUAAUAACUUUUGACUUUUGAGGAAUCUAAUUUAUUUAUAAUUAUAAAAACCAGCUAAGUAAUAAAAAUCAAAAAUGUAUUGUGGUCUAAAAAUAGCCAAAAAAA